CUACAGCCUUUUUAUUGGUCCCAGGCCUGCGGUUGUUAUCACUGGGCUGCAGGCCUUAAAGGAGGCCCUGGUCCACAAAGCUGCUGACUUCUCUGGCAGACCACAACACUUAAUGUACAAUCACGCUGCACAAGUGAAAGCUCACGCUCCAGGAGUGGUUUUAGCAGAUUACAGUUCUGGUUGGAGCACAGACGCUUCGGCCUGAUGACCCUGAGAAACUUUGGUCUGAGGAAACAGUCCAUGGAGCAGAGGAUUCUCGGAGAAAUGCAGCACGCUGUGAAGCUUCUGCAGGAAAGUGUUGGCAUGCUUUUCUCCAGCAGAGAGUAGGACCACAGACCCUCAGCUGCUGUUCCACACUGGAGACUCAAACAUCAUCUCCCAAGUUCUGUUUGCUGAGCGGUUUAGCUACGAGGAUGAGUUCAUCAAGUUUUCUGUUCGCCUUUUUCACGAGACAUUCAAAUUAAUCAACAGACGCUGGGGCACGAUUUAUGAGUGCAUUCCUGUGGUGCGCACCUUCCCGCUGCCUUUCCAGAAAGCUUUCAAGUAUUUCAGGGCAUGUUUUGGAAAGUUUUGAUUUGCAAAAGUUUUGCAAAUAAUCCUUAUUUUAUGUUUUAAUGCAGAGACAAUAGCAAAGCUGUCAUAUGUUUGAUGAUGUACUCCUGUAGAAGUGAAGGAGCUGACAGGUGAAACCUCUUCAACAGCUCCUUAGAUAAACAUGAUCAAUAAUCAUGUAUAACCACUAUAUUAAAAAAUUAAAUAUUCUCAUUCAAACCAGGAAAAAUUUUCAUAUUAAAAAUGAAAAUUGAAAUGUUGAGGUGACCACAUGUGACCACAUUGAGGCCCAUUUGAAUGAGACACAAAUGACACAAGCACUGAGUGUUAGCUUUCCUUAUAUUUUCAAACAUUUCCCCCAAAAGCAAAAAAGGCAGCAAAACUCUGUUGUGUUCUCACUGAACAUAGUAUGAUGUAACACAGGAUCAACAAACAGCACCUGCAGUAUUAACUGUGACUCAGUUUUAUCCAUGUGUUUAAAAACAUCCAUGUCAGCGUGACACACGGUGCAGUCAUCGAAACAGCUCAUCAAAGCUUUUUUCCUGUUAGAUCGCCCAUGAAAGAGAUUUAGAGACGUUGACAGAGAACAAAAAGAGCAGAGUUCCCGGUAAACCACGUCAUUUAUAGAUUGCUACCUGGAUGAAUUGGACAAGAGCGUUGUCAGCAGGAAAUAGACAUAGCUCUGGAUGGGAAGGAUCAAGCCAGUUUUGAAGACACCAGAUGCCCUGUGUGCAGGUAGAUUCAACUUUAUUCUUUUUUUAGAGAGACUAUUAACCCGUCAUUGCUUUAAAGUCACCAAGAAGACAAACAGGCACAAUAAACUUAGCCUGAAUAUUUACAUAGUCUGAAAUAAUGUGUUAUAAAAGGAUGCUGAUGUUUCUUUGAUGUGGUAACAACGUAGUGUGAUAUUUGUCAUGCAGGCUGUUAUUCACGAGGUCCAGAGGAUGGCUAACACUGUUCCCCUCAGCAUUUUUCACCGCACUACUAAAGACACUCAGUUAAUGGGAUACUCGAUACCCAAGCUACAUAUCAAAGAAAUAGAAACAAUUUGCUUGAAUAAAACAUUUGACAAAAUGUUACUGCUGUGCUAAAUAGCUGAGAGAAAAGUGAGGGCAGUAGUUAUCGUCUUUACAAUAAAGUAUAUUUACAGCAUUGGAAAAUGUAUGAAAGCAUAUGUGAGGUGAUGAAGGCCAUUUUUGUAGUCUUUAGGGAACCACCAUCAUCCCUGACCUGUCAUCGGUGCUUUUUGAGGAGCGGCAGUGGAAAUCUCCCUGUGAAUUUGACCCUGAAAACUUCCUCAGUGUCAGUGGAGAGUUUGUUAGACCAGAAGCCUUCGUCUUUUCUCUGCUGGUGCACAAAAGAUGUCAAAUGGUCUCUCUGGUUCUUACUAACCACCAGAAAAUUACAAGCUACCCUUCAUUAUCCUUCAGUUUCACAAAAUACUACGUGUGGGGUUUUUUUGCGAGGUUGUUGGUGUGAAGUUGAAAUAAACAAUAACUAUUAGUCUUUGAGCAUUAACAAAUUUAUCCUGUACAUCCUCAACAUGAAAGACGGACGUGGUCACUAAGAUGUCAUCGACUGGUUUGUAGACUCUGCACUUUUUGUUUUUUGACCUUUGACCUGUGACUGACCAGUUAAUGAAUCCGUUCUUUAUUCUACAAACUCAGAUACAAAACAAAGAUAAAACUACCAUUUAUAUGUGGACAGGAGGAUGGCGUGCUCAAUAGUUAUCCAUAAACUGUAUGUGUGAAACCCACACACACGUAACAACUCCUAAGUUUAGCAGAAAGCUGUUGACUCCAGCCGUGUCAGCACAGUUUCUGAUACUUUUGUGUAGGCUUCAUAUUUCUGCCCUGGACAUUACUGCUUGGUCAGCAUUAUUGUUUAAAGGUAAAUGAUUGGCUCCUCAGGCGAGCCUGCGCGUGCUUCCUCAUUAGUCAAACAGGAAUCUGCAGGUGAACUGCUAAUAUUUUUUUGUGUACUUUUGAAAAUUUGGCCCGAUUUUGGAACUUAAAGACAGUAGGACUUAAUCCCUGAGGCUAAUCUGCAGUGAUGGAUAUGUGACACAAGUCACCAUUAGUUUGUGAUUCACUCAGAUCAUUAAAACAUAGGUCUGUUGCUGUGGUUUUACUGUACAAGCGUUACAUGUGUACUUAAUAAUGACACAAAGAUAUUUAAGAUAUGCUCACAAAUGAAUCAAUUCUGUCUUUUCUGGCUGACAUAAAGGCACGCUGCACGCUGUUCACUUUCACCAGCAGCCUUUUGAUGUUGGAUGGAUGAUGUGGUACCGAGGACAGUGAGAGGAGAGUGGAAGAGAAAAACAGGGUGAAGGAAGAUUUUAAAAACACACAUUAAACAAACGAAGCACGCGGUGAGACGCACGGGCGCACGGCUGACUGAGAUGGACUCGAAGACACUGAGACAAACUUGGGAUUAUCAGUAAGGGAUCAUCAGAAGAGGAGUUUCUCAAACAUGGACUAGUCUGGAAACGUGCACAUAUAUAGACAAACACACACUCACCCUCAUACAUUCACACACUCUGUUCCCUCGUGAGAGGCCUUGGAAGCGGACAGGUGCCAUUAUGCAGGAGUCUCCAGGUGCGGUUGGUGUGGAUGGCAGCUACACUAGUAAUGUUCCAGCCUUUCUAACUAAGCUGUGGACCCUGGUUGAGGACCCAGACACCAACCACCUUAUCUGCUGGAGUGCCACUGGGACUAGUUUCCAUGUGUUUGACCAGGGUCGCUUUGCUAAGGAGGUUCUGCCCAAAUACUUUAAACACAACAACAUGGCAAGCUUCGUCCGGCAACUCAACAUGUAUGGUUUUCGUAAGGUGGUAAACAUUGAGCAGAGUGGUUUGGUGAAACCUGAGAGAGACGAUACAGAGUUCCAACAUCUGUACUUCCUCCAGGGACAUGAGCACAUGCUGGAACACAUCAAAAGAAAGGUGUCCAUAGUGAAGAGUGAAGAGACUAAAGUUCGUCAGGAGGAUCUCAGUAAACUGCUGUACGAAGUCCAGCUUCUCAGAACACAACAGGACAACAUGGAGUGUCAGAUGCAGGACAUGAAGCAGCAGAAUGAGGUGCUGUGGCGGGAGGUGGUGUCACUGAGACAGAAUCACACACAGCAACAGAAAGUCAUGAACAAGCUGAUUCAGUUUCUGUUCAGCCAGAUGCAGUCCAACACACCCAGCACUGUGGGCCUAAAGAGAAAGCUGCCUCUGAUGUUGGACGAUGGCUCUCCCAGCCCUCCUGCCUCCAAGUUCAGCCAUAGUCACCAGAUGGAAGCCAUCCACGAGCCCUUCUACAUCCAGUCGGAGAUGGCAGGGAGCAAACAUGCAUCACAGUCCUCUCCUCUUUGCCCUCAGCCAUCCAGUGAUACUGCUUCCUGCUCUGCUAGCGGACUUGCAGGAGGACCGAUUAUAUCCGAUGUUACUGAUAUGUCUCAGGCGAGCAUGCCUCUGCAGAUGCAGCCUGAUGAGACUAGGGAGAAGUGCAUGAUGCUGAUCAAAGAGGAGCCUGUGAGUCCAGGGGUACGAGGGGGAGGAAAAGGAAGCAGUGUAGCGGGAGGAGAGGCUGUAGCGUUGACCUCCCCUUGUGAGGUGUGCUCCUCUGAACCGCCUGUCCUCCCUGUUGCAAUGGUCCAAUCUGUUCUGGAGGGGAGGGGCUCUGUGAGCUCCAUGCUGGAGAGGAGGAGCAAGAGACCCGCUCUGGAGAGAGCUGAGGUUGCAGACACAGUAGAGAAUGUGGACAUGAGCCUGGAGGAGCUGCAGCAGCUGCUUCUUAGGAGCCAUCAGCAAAACGCUGUGGAAGCUGGGACCAGUGCUGUCAUAGAUCCUUUCAGUCUAAGUCUGCCUCUGACUGAGUGGAACUUCACAGAGAUGGAGUCCAACCUCAAACCAUACAUGUUCCAGAACCAGGAAGUUGAGGCUUUUCCAGCCGCUGGCUGUGAAGAACAAUGAAUUUGUGCUGUGAAUGGUCCUUUCUGAGGCGAAAGGUCACAGACGCUGCUGUUACACUUUGUACUCCACUGUGCACCAGUUUGAUCCCCAGGCCCUGCCAGGCUAUUUCCUACACGUGACUUUGAUUUUAUUCUUUCUACAUCCACAUGCCUACAACAGAAAAAGCUCUGCAGUCUUUUUGAUCAAAGCUUUUACUUCCUAGUUAUUUGACUUCAUCGGAUCUAUCAGCUGUCUGCUCUGUGGGCGUGAACGAUACCUACAUGGGAAAUAUGAUGUCAGUGACUAUGAUUUUCACAGUUAACCAAUCACAGCAUUACAUUUAGACUCUGAUAUUAAGCCAGAUGGAUGCAGACGGUGCAUUCUUGGCUCCUGCACUUUAGUCUUUGUGUGAGAGGGAGUUCCUGCUUGGAGAGGUGACUUUUUCUUCCUAUAAAGAUUUCACAACAGAUGAAUAUUUUUUAUUAGUUUAUCCUUAUUAAGAUUAUAAUUUAUUUGUAUCAAAGAACAAACUUUGGCAGAUUUUAUGUGAUUUUCUCAGUCUGUGUAGGAGUGUAGAAGUUGAGGUAUACUUUAGGCAUUUGAAAAUCACUAUCAUUCAGAGAGAUAAGCGUGUUAGCGUUUCUAUCAGGCUGUAUUAAAAUCCAUAAGGAAGGCUCUCUGAAAUCUAUGGCAGUAGAAGGUAACACCCAUCUUUGCACAGUCCUGAUAUGUAGCCGGGGAUUAGCUUAUUUCUCUUCUGUCUGAUUUAAGUGUUAAGUUUUAAUAGACAGAUUCUCAUUUGACAAAAUCUACACUGGACACUACUGCAUAUUUGCACAAUCGGUAUAUCUAGUUAUUUAUCUCUAGUUACAACAGUGGGUCAUUGAUUUCCUGUUUGUAGAAGGCCAGCACUGGGUUGCUCAGUAAAUGCAGUGAAUGACAGCAUUUUUAAACCGUAAUCUUUCAUCUUGGAGACGAGUGGUCACACAGUGUUGCUGCACUUGUAUCUGUGCUCAGUGCUACACAGUAAGUUCAGACUUUCAUGCAUAAAAACCAAAGUCAGGACAGGGGGCUACGCCAAAACCACAGAGAGAAGAAGAAUUCGUCAGCUGUCCAGGAGCCGGUGUUUACUUUGACUUUGUUUCACUGAAUGUACGGUGGGGUGAUUACUUGAUAAUUGAGUCUUUUAUAGAAUACCUGCUUGAAGGAAUUAUUUACUCUGGAUAACUACAAUUUAUUAAUGAUUAUGCCAUUGGACAUCAAAUAUUAGUCCUCACCACUGUUUGGAGGCAGUAGAUGAACAUGAAUUGUGCAAUACUGUACAGAACUGUGAGAAACUGCAAUGACCAUAGGAAUGUAGGGAGCAGCAGCUGUAAGUGGUGGACUGGAAAGCACCAUAGAAAGAUGCACUGCAGAAGGAUAAUGUUAGCUUGUGAGCCUAAAAGCCCCGCUAUUCAUACCGAGUCUCACAAAAGCUUCAAAUUUUAGUAGCAUUAGUGAGGAGGUCAGCUGCAGCGCUGCCUGCAGCAAGGCCACGACCCACAUCGUGCUGCAUCGUGGAGCCGCGCCUCAGUACCUCAGUGCUCAACCAAAACCACGACUUGUGCAGAAAAUCUGCAGCUUUUGCCCACGAUGUGAAACUGACCAUCAUGGUUUUCCCCCAUACUUAUAUACAUAUAUUUAUACUUGCAGGCUAACAUUUGAUUAUUUCAUUCUCCGUGCAGCUUUUGGAAAAGGGAGGGAAAGCAAGUUGUGGUAUAAACAAAUGAAAUUGCACUAAAAAUGACAGUUGUAUGAUAUUUGAGAGUACACAGUACAUUUUAGACAUAGCAUUUAUUUGUGUUCCUCAUAAUAAAUAUGAGUGUAAUUACUUUUUUCCAAGGAGUGAUGAAUACAUACAUUCUGCUGCUGUUGUGUUCUUAAUUUAUUCCGUUUUCCACUUUUAAUCAUUUGCACUGGAAAUGAACAAACUGUGUGUUCAGAUGACAUUUAUGCCUGUCGGGAUUGCAGACAGAUAAAGAAGUAUUGAUGUUCAACGAGUGAAAAGAUCUCUGCUGUAACAAAGCCUGGCAUCCAAAAGCACCUCUGCACGCUAAA